AUGAGCUCCGAGGUCGGGGCCCCGGUGCCUCGCAGCCCGGCCUCCAUGAGCCAGCCGCCGCCUCCGCCGCCCGCCCUGGAGACGUCGAGCGGCGGCGUCGGCGGCGCCUCGGCGGCGGCGUCGGGCAAGGGCAAGAAGGGCAGCUCGGGGCUGCGGCGGCCGGAGAAGCCGCCCUACUCGUACAUCGCGCUGAUCGUGAUGGCCAUCCAGAGCUCGCCGGCCAAGCGGCUGACGCUGAGCGAGAUCUACCAGUUCCUGCAGGCGCGCUUCCCCUUCUUCCGCGGCGCGUACCAGGGCUGGAAGAACUCGGUGCGCCACAACCUCUCGCUCAACGAGUGCUUCAUCAAGCUGCCCAAGGGGCUGGGCCGGCCGGGCAAGGGCCACUACUGGACCAUCGACCCGGCCAGCGAGUUCAUGUUCGAGGAGGGCUCCUUCCGACGCCGCCCGCGGGGCUUCCGACGGAAAUGCCAGGCGCUCAAGCCCGCCAUGUACCGCGUGGUGAACGGCCUGGGCUUCCUGCCGCAGGGCUUCGACUUCCAGGCGCCCCCCGCCGCCCCGCUGGGCUGCCACCCCAACGGCUACGGCCCCCUCGACGUGAUGCAGGCCGGCGCCUACGAGGCCCACCACGUCCCGCACAUGUCGCCCAACCCGGGCUCCACCUACAUGGCCAGCUGCCCCGUCCCCGCCGGGGGGGGCGGCGGCGGCGCCGACUACGGGCCCGACAGCAGCAGCAGCCCCGUGCCCUCCUCGCCGGCCCUGGCCAGCGCCAUCGAGUGCCACUCGCCCUACGGCAGCCCCGCCGGACACUGGGCCUCCUCGGGGGCCUCGCCCUAUCUCAAGCAGCAGGGCCUGCCGCCGCCCGCCGCCCCCGCCGCCGCCGCCCACUCCGGAAUGGCCCCCUACUCGCUGGAGCAAAGCUACCUGCACCAGAACGGCAGGGAAGACCUCUCAGUGGGGCUGCCUCGCUACCAGCACCACCCCUCCCCGGUGUGCGACAGGAAGGACUUCGUUCUCAACUUCAACGGCAUCUCCUCCUUCCACCCGUCGGCCAGCGGCUCCUACUACCACCACCACCACCACCACCAAAGCGUCUGCCAAGACAUCAAGCCCUGCGUGAUGUGA